CACACACACCUUCUGUGCUCACGGGAGUUCUCCGGGCGGGUUGGAGCUCUGUGGCGUGUGUAGGAGUCGAGAGAGAUAAGGCUGUCAGGACGAGGAGGACUAGGGGAGAGGAAGGGAGGGGUUUUCACACCAAGGCCGCUGUGGGAAAUGGAAUCGAGGCAGAAUAAGCGGAGGUUAAAAUGCAUGGAAAGCGCGACUCGUGAGGUGAAGUUUUUGUUUGCUGACCUGGCAGUUGUAUUUAAGGGAAAGACUUUGCCUUGUGUUGGUUCUGCCACACCACCUCUACAAAAUUAUGCCCAGGUUUUGAAGCUUUUUAAGUUGUUACACCGAACACGGCAAGAAGUUUUUAAAAAUGAUACCAGAGCCCUUGAAGCUGCAAGACAAAAGAUAAAUGAAGAAUUCAGAAAUAACAAAGACGAGACAUCUGAGGAGAAGAUAAAUGAGCUUCUGAAAAUAGCUUCAGAUGUUGAAGUGAUUCUCAGAACUUCCGUUAUUCAGGCAGUUCAUACAGAUUCUGACAAAAUAGUGCUCAUAACCAGGAAAGAUCUUCUACAAGACAACACUCCUUACUUAGAUAAACCAACAAAAAAGCAAGAAUCCUGAGGAAAAUAUGUCCCUCUCCCCAGAAAGUUAAUAUCCUGUAAUGACAUCUCUGAAAACCAACCAACAGUGUAUCCUUGUUUUAAAGCUAAUUUUAACUGGAAACAGUUAAGUGUUUUUACCAGGAAAACAGAGACUGAAGUCAACUCAUCGUUUUUAUUGAGUGCUGUGAUAUCAUCAUUCACUUCUUCUGUGGGAUAUACUAAUAUUUCUACAGGACUUAAAAGUACACUGCUGAAUUGUGUUACUUCAGCCAGGAAGGUUUCUGAUUAUGACAGCUGUCAGACAGAGAUUGUUUCCCAGCAAUCCAGAGUUUGUCAAAGCUAAAUAAAAAUUAAAUGCUGUUCUUAGUCCUGAUAGUAUUUAUUUGUUAAGUUUCUUGUUAAUCAUAGGCUGCUAUGAAGUAAUGAAAAAACAUCUUGUGGCACUUGCCGUAAAAUUUAUGCUUUGCACCAAAAGCAUGGUUUCUGAAGUGGUCAUUAAUUGUACACUGAUAUACUGAGAUUCCUGAGAGAGUUCUUAAGGGUUAUCUGAAUAAAUUAUUUUUAUUUUACA